GGCUAAUUGGGCUCCGCAAUGGUUUCUCCUGGAAAGACCGUGAUUUUGGUUCCCGCGGACGUCUCUAUGGUUUCGACAGCCUAGAAGGAACAAAACGGCAUUUCCGGGAAGAUGGCGGCGCACAAGUCAGGUCCGGCACAUGUUUCCGCGGAGCGGAGCCCGCAGUGACGGAUGAUAUCACCUCUUCUUCUCUGGUGAGAGUCUGAAGAUAGAGACUUUUUUCUCACCAUGAAUGUCACCCCAGAGGUCAAGAGUCGUGGGAUGAAGUUUGCUGAGGAGCAGCUGCUAAAGCAUGGAUGGACUCAAGGCAAAGGCCUUGGCCGGAAGGAGAAUGGUAUCACCCAGGCUCUCAGGGUGACACUGAAGCAAGACACUCAUGGGGUAGGACAUGACCCUGCCAAGGAGUUCACAAACCACUGGUGGAAUGAGCUCUUCAACAAGACUGCGGCCAACUUGGUAGUGGAAACUGGGCAGGAUGGAGUACAGAUAAGGAGCCUUUCUAAGGAGACCACCCGUUAUAAUCAUCCCAAGCCCAACUUGCUGUAUCAGAAGUUUGUGAAGAUGGCUACAUUGACUUCAGGUGGAGAGAAGCCAAACAAAGACUUGGAGAGCUGCAGUGAUGACGACAACCAGGGGCCCAAGUCCCCAAAGAUUCUGACUGAUGAGAUGCUGCUCCAAGCCUGUGAGGGGCGAACAGCACACAAGGCUGCCCGUCUUGGGAUCACAAUGAAGGCCAAGCUUGCUCGCCUAGAGGCCCAGGAGCAGGCCUUCCUGGCUCGUCUCAAAGGCCAGGACCCUGGGGCCCCUCAACUGCAGUCAGAGAGCAAGCCCCCCAAAAAAAAGAAAAAGAAAAGGAGGCAGAAAGAGGAGGAAGAAGCUACAGCAUCUGAAAGGAAUGAUGCAGAUGAGAAGCACCCAGAACAUGCUGAGCAGAACAUCAGAAAAAGCAAGAAGAAGAAAAGGCGACAUCAAGAAGGAAAGGUCUCAGAUGAAAGAGAGGGUACAACUAAAGGGAAUGAGAAGGAGGAUGCUGCAGGAACAAGUGGGCUUGGGGAAUUGAAUAGCAGAGAGCAAACCAAUCAGUCCCUCAGGAAAGGGAAGAAAAAGAAGAGGUGGCACCAUGAAGAGGAGAAGAUGGGGGUCUUGGAGGAAGGAGGAAAAGGCAAGGAGGCUGCAGGCAGUGUCAGGACAGAGGAGGUAGAGAGCAGGGCAUAUGCUGACCCAUGCAGCCGAAGAAAGAAGAGGCAGCAACGGGAGGAGGAGGACUUGAACCUAGAAGAUGGAGGUGAGGAAACUUUUAGGUGGUGGAACCAGGGAAGCAGAGAGCAGAGCAUGCAGUGAUGGAAGAAGCAGGAAAAGCAAGAAGAAAAGACAGCAGCAUCAAGAGGAGGAGGACAUCUUGGAUGUAAGGGAUGGGAAGGAUGGCGGGGCUAGGGAAGCAGAGAGCAGAGCACACACUGGCUCAAGCAGCAGAGGUAAAAGGAAGAGGCAGCAGCAUCCCAAGAAGGAAAGAGCUGGAGUCAGCACUGUCCAGAAAG